AUGUUGACGAUAACUGGCUUCUUUCAACUCAUCAAGUUUCUUCCAAAUCCAAACAAGAUGGGCUCCUUGCUGCCUUGGUUGACUCGAUCUAUCCGCGACGCGUCACCUGUUUCUCAUGAACUUACAUUCAAGAAGAAGUUCAAUUGGGAUCUGGAGGAGCGCAUGUUCAUCGCUGAGUUACGGGAUACUUUCUGGAAGCACGUGUUCUUUCUGGAAUUUCGAGUCUGGGACUCGGUCUGCCGAUGGCCAGGAUGUUCUCUUAUCCCUAAUGACGAGAGGUUCAGUCAAUAUUGCAUCGCUGUUCGCCCCGGGGAUGUUUUCAUCUGA